GCCAAGUACAGUUGUCUGGGUCCUAUCCAUCUAAACGUCAUCGUAGAUUCCUAUCUUUCCUACAAGUUCCACCUCCCUGUCAUUCACGUUGUUAGUACCGAAGCCAGCCAUGCACAAGAUGCAGUCCAAGCCACUGAAGAAGAUAACACGCGUGCGUGUCCCGGGAAAGCAUUUCUCGGACCUGUGGGACAUUACAAUUAAAGAAGGCAGAAUAUCAUCUGUGGAAGCGCACGACCAGAGUGCAUCAGAUCUCGACCAAGAUGGAAUCCUGGAUGGAUCUAAUCGACUGAUUGCUCCAUCACUAUGCCAUGCCCACGUGCACCUGGACAAAUGCUUCUUGCUGCAAGACCCCAAGUACAGCGACUUGCAGAUCGAGACGGGCGACUUCAAAGAAGCCAUGGAAAUGACGAGCACGGCGAAGGCAAGAUUCGAAGAGGAUGACCUCAUGAGAAGGGGUGCUCAACUGAUCGAAGAAAGCAUACAGCAUGGUGUCACUGCCAUGCGAGCCUUCGUAGAGGUGGAUGGCGUCGUCCAACUUAAGUGUUUGGACGUGGGACUUAAGCUGCAAGAGAAGUAUAAGGAAAUAUGCGAUGUCCAGAUCUGCGCUUUCGCCCAGCUUCCACUAUUUUCUGGAGAAGACGGCGGCGCAGAGGUCAGAAAGCUCAUGGAGGUUGCAGCAACCAACGAGAAGGUGGACGUGCUCGGCUCGACGCCUUACGUCGAGGACGAUGAAAGCAAGUCAAAGGAGAAUGCCACUUGGAUCUCCGCUCUCGCGUUGAAGUCAAACAAGUACCUUGACUUACAUCUGGAUUACUUUCUGGAAGAAGAUAAGCAGCCACUUGUCUGGGAGGUUCUUAAGAUAAUUAAAGGGCAGGACUGGACACAGGCUGGCGGCAAACAGAUUACCCUUGGACAUUGCACACGAUUGACAAGGUUCCAGGAAGAUGAAUGGAUUCGGCUGAAACAAGAGAUAGGCGAGCUUUCUGUGUCCUUUGUUGGUUUACCCACAUCUGAUCUGUUUAUGAUGCGGACUCCACAAAACGUACGAGGAACUUUGCCAAUCAUCGAGCUGAUCAAGCGAUAUGGACUGAAUGCUGCUAUUGCAAUAAACAACAUUGGCAACGCCUUCACCCCGCAAGGAAAUUGCGAUCCACUGAACAUUGCGCAGCUGGGUGUGGGUCUCUAUCAGGCACCGACCAAGGGUGACGUGCAAUUACUCUAUGAAGCCGUCUCAUCUCGCGCAAAGGCUGCUAUUGGCUGCGGACCAACUUCAUUGGGUCUUGAGCCUGGUGAGCCCGCAGACUUCGUGCUAUUUGAUAGUAUGGAUAGUGGCUGGCGUUGCAGGCGAAGCAUUGCCGAAGUGGUGUACGACGCUGGCUCUGUUCGACAAACGGUCUACCAAGGCCGGUUAGCCGCAUCAUGCAGUUGAGAAACGGGCAUCGUUUGCUUGCAAUACCAACGCAGUCAAAGAGAGCAGUCGCAAAGGGACUAGGUCGACGUCAUACAUCAACAAAUGAGCAGUGGCCGUUUACAUUACAAGAAUCAACAAUCACGACGUGUCACAGGUCUCACCAUCUGGACGUGUACGUACUCGCACAU